CCAAACAUCUGUCACUCGACUUUAAAUCCCAACCCCAUCUCCUUUUGUCAAUUUCAAAACAACACAUUGGUCCCACUACCCCUCAAUCAAAAGCUUCUUUAUCUUCUUUACUUACCUUUAACCUAUGAAUCCAUUUCAUAGGUUUAUUUAAGAAACAUCCAUCUUCAUCUUCUACAUUAUUAGUAAUACUGGCUUCUGAAACAUCCAUCUUCAUCUCUUCCAUCAUUGGUAAUACUUGCUACUGAGGUUUUUCUUCAUUCCACUUCUUUGAAGAUGCUUUCCCUUCCCCCACCACCACCACCACCUUGGACUCCACCCCGAAAGCAAACCAUGAAUACAACUCCUCUCAACCAAAUUGUCAUAACAAAGCCAGCCAUGAAUAAACAAAGUGUAUCAUCAGAUGAGCAAAAUGGUAGCGCAAAAACACUGAGAGAGCAACCAAUACUCCGGCAACCUCGUAGGACCAACCCAAUGGUAUGGUGUGCUGCCAUCCUGUGUCUCAUAUUCAGCCUUCUUCUCAUCUUCUUCGGAAUUGGAACUUUGAUCAUCUUUCUUGACGUCAAACCAAGAAACCCAGUGUUUGACACCCCUUCUGCAAGCCUCAAUGUCAUCUACUUUGAUUCCCCGCAGUAUUUCAACGGUGAUUUCACCUUCCUUGCAAAUUUCUCUAACCCAAACCGGAAACUCAAUGUAAGAUUCGAGAACUUAGAUAUAGAGCUCUACUUUUCUGACAGUCUCAUAGCAAGACAAGCUCUUCAGACGUUCAGUCAGAGGCAAGGAGAAACAAGGUUGAUAGCUGUCCACUUGAUAUCAAGCUUGGUGUAUUUGCCCCAAAAUCUUUCAUUGGAACUCCAAAAGCAGGUACAGAGCAACAGGGUUAGUUACAACAUAAGAGGAACAUUUAGAGUGAGAGCUACUCUAGGUCUGAUUCAUUACUCAUAUUGGUUGCAUGGGAGAUGCCAGUUAGAAAUGACUGGUCCACCAACUGGUGUUCUAAUCACUCAUAGUUGCAAAACCAAGAGAUGAGAUUGCAGAACAAUCUUUUACCAUGUUUUUCAAUUUUCCUAUACUGUGUGGAUUGAGAAUUAAAUCGCUGUUUCCACAUGUAUAUAUAUUGAUGUGAUGCCUAUCUUAAGGACACGACAAUUCUUUCUGGGUUGUACUUAAACAAGCUUAAAGGGUGUUUUUUCACAAA